GCGGCCCCGCCCUGGCCCAGCCCGGCGGGCUCGGGCUCGGUCCGGGAGCGGAAAUUCCUGCAGGGGCUGGACGCUGCGGGCGGAGCUCAGCAUGGAGCCCGUGGAGGCCUGGACCCCCGGGAAGGUGGCAGCCUGGCUGAGAGGCCUUGAUGAUGCUCUGCAGGACUAUCCCUUUGAGGACUGGAAGCUGCCUGGAAAGUACCUGCUGCAGCUCUGUCCCCAAAGCCUCGAGGCUCUGACUGUGUGGCCCUUGGGCCACCAGGAGCUCAUUCUAGACGGGGUGGAACAGCUCCGGGCCCUGGGCUCCAAGCUACAGACAGAAAACCUGCAGAGCCUGGCUCAGGGGCUGCUGGAAAGGACCCAGGCCUUUCAGAGCUUGGUCCAAGGCCGUCUGGGAAGCUGUGCUGAGACGCCUGCUGAUGUCCUCACCGCUGCUGUAGAGCUGGUGCGGGAAGCCCAUGCCCUCCUCUCCUGGCUCAACAGGUACCUCUUCUCCCAGUUAAAUGACUUUUCUGCCUGCCAAGAGAUUGGCGUGUUGUGCGGCGAGCUGGGCCAGGUCUUGCAGGAGGACUGUCCAGAAGCAGAGAAGGAAAGCAGCACCCUGAGGAUUUGCAGCCAUGUGGCCGGGAUCUGCCACAACAUCCUGAGCUGCACCCCAGAGGAGCUGCUGGAGCAGAAGGCUCUGUUGGAGCAGGUGCAGCUGGACGACCCUUCGAGUCUAGAAAUUCACACCACCAGCAACUGCCUGCACUUCGUGUCCCGAGUAGGUGUCCAGGCUUCCCCCGGCUCCCAGAUCCUGCCAGGAGAUGAGAUUGUCCAGAUCAAUGAGCAGGUGGUGGUGGGCUGGCCCCACAAGAAUGUGGUGAGGGAGCUGCUGAGGGAGCCAGCAAGUGUCAGCCUAGUGCUGAAGAAGAUUCCAGUGCCCAAGACCCCGUCACAGACCCCCCAGGACUCCCCUCACCUGCUAAGCCAAUCACCGCCUCUGACCCCACUGUCUCCCAGGGUUCCAGCCGAAGCUCUUUUUACCUUCAACCUGUCUGCAGAUGGGAGUCCUGGACCCAGCCCCGCCUGGACAGACUCUACCUCCCUUGAUGCUAAGCCCCAGCCCACUCCUCCUGAAGCCCCAGGCACACUUCCAGAAAAAACAGCAGAGCCUCUGGAGACUUCGGGAAACCUUGACAAGAGUCCCGUCCUUGGUCGGAAGAAAUCAAAAGGUGUGGCCACGAGGCUGAGCCGCCGGCGGGUGUCCUGCCGGGAGCUGGGCCUGCCGGAUUGUGAUGGAUGGCUUCUACUACGCAAGGUACCCGGCGGCUUUAUGGGUCCACGCUGGCGGCGCUGCUGGUUUGUGCUCAAGGGACACACCCUAUACUGGUACCGCCAACCCCAGGAUGAAAAGGCUGAAGGACUCAUCAACAUCUCCAACUACAGCCUGGAGAGUGGACAUGACCAGAAGAAGAAAUAUGUGUUCCAGCUGACCCAUGACGUGUACAAGCCCUUUGUCUUUGCUGCUGAGACCCUGACUGAUCUGAGCAUGUGGGUUCGUCAUCUCGUUACCUGCAUUUCCAAGUACCAGACUCUGGGUCAGGCGCCCUCUGCCAGAAAGGAAGAUUGCUACAGUGAGACAGAAGCGGAAGACCCUGACGAGGAGGCUGGGUCCCGCUCAGCUUCACCUGGCCCGGCUCCAACCCGGAGUGACACCCCCCCCACGGCUUCACCCUUGCAGAGUCCAAGGACGUCCUUCGGCUCCUCAGCAGACAGCAGUGACAGGGUCCUGGAGGGGAUGGUGCAGGAGCUGAGGCAGGGGGGUGUGUCCCUCCUGGGGCAGCCACAGCCCCUGACCCACGAGCAGUGGCGGAGAUCUUUCAUGCGGCGCAACCGUGACCCUCAUCUCAAUGAGCGAGUGCACCGGGUGCGGGCACUGCAGAGCACACUCAAGGCAAAGCUGCAGGAACUGCAGGCCCUGGAAGAAGUGCUGGGUGACCCUGAGCUCACGGGAGCAAAGUUCCGUCGGUGGAAAGAACAGAACCAGGAGCUGUACGCGGAGGUCCUGAGCACCCGUGGAGGGAUGCGGGCCCAGAACAGCUCCCCAGCCCCAACCUCUGACUCCAGGGGUCAGUCCCCACAGCCCCUGCCCUCUGACCCUGAGGAACCCUCCCAGCUUUUUCCCUUGACCCCAGAGAACAGCCUCCAACCUCCUGACCUCUGACCCUGGCUGGUAGUGCCUGGCUCCUGACCUCUGAUCCUGAGGAGGACUUCAUCUCCAGCCUCUUUCAUGUCUAAGACAGCAUGCCCAGGGGUCUGUGUUAGGCUGGAAGUAGGGCUAGUCCUCGGCUUUACCUGAUCCCACUCUCCAGGGCUUCCACAGUUUCUGCUCAUGUGCCCCCCAGAGUGGAAGGAGAGCAGACCCCUCCCUGUGAUGUAGAAAUCCCCUAACCCAUCCUCAGAUCCGGACACACCUGCCUCCCUGGGUCCUUCAAAAAGGUUUCUCAGAGCAGAUCUGGAUGACUGUUUAUUUUACAUGAGAGAUGCUUUUCCACCAAAUAAAGUUGAUUUCUCCCAAAUGAA